AUGGUAAACAUACUGCAAAAUUUCCAAACCGCGAACCACUUCAACUUUCCUUAUCUCUACGAAGAGAACGUUCACAUAUGUCUAAAAGCCGGCGGCCUUGUUCGUUGCAACAUCUACCGCCCCAAAACGAGCGACCAGGUCCCUGCGCUAGUCACAUACGGCCCGUACGGGAAGGAUAUUUACUACGGACAAGUCAAACCUCCCAAGGCUAACCCCCGCUACAAAUCUGUUCCUCCGGCCUGGGAGACCCCUGAUCCCGGGUUCUGGACAGAACAUGGGUAUGCCGUGAUUCGUGCCGACGAGGCGGGCACGGGUCAAUCACCGGGGGUUCUGGAUCCCCUGUCACGGGCCACGACUGAUGGGUUUGUGGACGUGGUGGAGUGGGCUGCCGAGCAGCCGUGGUCGUCGGGUAAGGUUGGGUUGCUGGGUACUAGUUACUACGCUGAAAGCCAUCGCUGUCGCCAUGGCGGUAUUUUGUCCAACACGUACAUCGAAACAUGGUGGAAUAGUCAGAUUGUCGCCAACCAGUACGGCCGACCAGGAAGAGCCAAGUGUACCCGGGGUCCUGAGACCCUCGACGGCGAUCUUUCCGAGGAGCAGCUCAUGGCCAACCGCCGCGACCAGACAGUGGAUAAUCGGAGCAACUACUUCCUCGACGACGAGUACUACGCUUCAAGAGUAUACAAUUUCGGCGACAUUGAGGUUCCCCUACUAUCAGUCGGGAAUUGGGGGGAUAUAACGCUCCAUCUCAGGGGCAACAUCGAAGGUUUCACGCAUGCCGGCUCCAAAUUCAAGUACCUGCGCAUAAUCGUCGGCCGACACGAUCGACCCUUCUACUAUCAGGAAGAGGUUGAAGUCCAGCGCAGCUUCCUUGAUGCCUUUCUCAAAGGCGAGGACCGAGUCGGUUGGGCAACGCCUAGAAAAAUGCCCCCAGUCAGUAUCGUCGUGCGUAAAGGCGACGUUGGGGUCGACAACCCACGAGGUGAGAGAACCUACCGGUGCCGCGAAGAAGACGAGUGGCCCAUCGGCCGCACCCACUACAGCAAGCACUGGCUCACUCCCUCCCGAAUUAUCCACACGUAUUGGACACCAGCCGUCAUCGAAGUCACGACGCUGGGCUACCGUUCCCUUGGAACGCUCGACAACCCCCGGGAGACCGAAAUUACCGGCCACAUCACUGUUCACCUAAAUAUUUCCCGCUCCGCUGAAUAUAGCCUGGAUGAGGGGGCUGUCCCAUGUGACAUUGACAUCUUCCUUACCCUCCGCCACAUUUCUCCGGAAGGGAAAGAAAUCUUGUACACUGGCCCAACCGGCGACCCUGUCCCGGUCUCCAAAGGCUGGCUGCGUGUCUCUCUCCGAAAGGUCAACACAGAGCACCCGUACCAUCGUGAUUGGUUACCGAGAAGGGAGUAUCGACGUUGUGACGUACAAGCCGUUGUGCCGGGGAAGGUGUACGGGGUAGAUGUGGAGAUGUGGCCGACAAACGUGGUCGUGGAAGCACGCGGGAAGUUGAUAUUGGACGUGACUUCGGGGGAUACGCAAGGGUGUGGAGACGUUCAGCAUGAUGAUGUGCUUGAUCGGACAUUUGCGGGGAUGAAUUACAUUCAUUUCGCACCAGGGCUGGAGAAUUAUAUAAUACUACCGGAGAUCCCGUCCAAAGCCGAGACGGCUCGGGCCUAUGUAGACUACGGCAGCCCAAACCCGUCUAGCAUUCAUAGGGAUACGAUGUAUCCAAGCAGCUUUAUGUUUCCCGAGUGUGAUCGCAAUCAGCACUCGAGCCGCUUCACUCAACGGAAGUAG